AGGAGCCCUAUGGGCCUUUCAACGCCGGAGUUGCUGUUAAGGCGAGAGCAACAAUAAGCAUUCUUGCCAUUAAAAUUAAAUAACCAAAAAUCCAUACCUCUAUUUUUCUCAGAUCCCUCUUUCUUCCAUUUCUCCAUAUCUCAAUCCGCCGCUGCACCUCACUGAAUCGCGAGCUCAGAGACGACGUGCCGUUCAGGCCGUAGAGAUCUGGCACCCCCGCCAAUGGAGGCUUCUCCGCAAGGCGGAUUCGACAGGGACAAAUCCAAGUCCUCCUCUCCCAUCUCCGUCGUCUCCAAUUUCUGGAAAGAUUUUGACUUGGAGAAGGAAAAAAGUGUAUUGGAUGAGCAAGGGGUUAGGAUAGCUGAAAAUCAGGAAAACAGCCAGAAGAAUAGGCGGAAGCUUGCGGAAAGCACUAGAGAUUUCAAGAAAGCGUCACCAGAGGAAAAGCUAAAUCUCUUUAAUUCAUUACUUAGAGGUUACCAAGAAGAAGUUGAUAAUCUUACUAAGAGAGCAAAAUUUGGAGAGAACGCUUUUCUUAACAUCUAUCAAAAACUUUACGAGGCUCCAGAUCCUUAUCUGGCGCUUGCUUCAAGUGCUGAGCAAGAUGUGAAAUUGUCUGAACUAGAAUCUGAAAAUAGGAAAAUGAAAGUUGAGCUUGAAGAAUUCAGGACAGAAGCAACUCAUUUAAAAAAUCAACAGGCAACAAUAAGAAGACUUGAAGAGCGGAACCGCCAGUUAGAGCAACAGAUGGAGGAUAAAGUUAAAGAAAUUGUGGAGAUCAAGCAACGCAGUUUUGCGGAAGAGAACCAGAAAAUACUUGAGGUCCUAAAAGAAAGAGAGCAAUUGUUGCAAGAUCAAUUACGUCAAGCUAAAGACAGUGUUUUCAAUAUGCAGAAAUUACACGAACUUGCUCAAAGUCAAUUGUUCGAGCUUCGUGCUCAAUCAGAUGAAGAGAGGGCAACCAAGCAAUCCGAGGUCAAUCUUCUGAUGGAUGAAGUUGAACGGGCUCAGACACGGCUUUUUAGUCUUGAGAGGGAGAAGGGAUUUCUGCGUUCCAAAUUACAGACAGCAAACGAUGACACUGAAAAUAAGAAAAGUGAUGUUGAUUCAACUAGCGUCCUUGAGAAUUCUUUAAUUGCUAAAGAGAAGAUCAUUGCUGAACUCAACAUGGAACUUCACAAUAUUGAAAGAACGUUAUCAAAUGAAAGAGAAGAGCACUUGAACGAGAUCAAGAGGUUGAAUGCACUGCUCAUUGAAAAGGAAGCUGCUGUUGCGGAGAUGAAGAAAGAGCUUCAGGCACGGCCAACAACAAAACUGGUUGAUGAUUUGCGUAAAAAGGUUAAAAUUUUGCAGGCAGUUGGUUAUAAUUCAAUUGAGGCUGAAGAUUGGGAAGUAGCUACAAUUGGGGAAGAGAUGAGCAAAAUGGAGUCUCUUCUUCUCGAUAAAAACCGGAAAAUGGAGCAUGAGCUCACACAAUUGAAGGUCAAACUUUCAGAGAAAGCAUCCUUGCUAGAAAAAGCUGAUGGCAAGAUAUCAGAACUUACAGUAAAGGUUAAUGAACAACAAAAAUUAAUCCAAAAGUUGGAGGAUGACAUACUGAAGGGCUAUGGUUCGAAGGAUAAAAAGGGAAUUCUAUUUGACGACUGGGAUCUUUCAGAGGCUAGGAGCACUGAGCCGUCUGAGAAUGCAGAUCAAAAACACGGUUCCUUGGACCAAGACCAAAGCUCAAUGCUUAAGGUUAUCUGUAAUCAGAGAGAUCGAUUCAGGACACGCUUGAGAGAGACAGAAGAAGAAAUAAGACAUUUGAAGGAAAAGAUAGGGGCGUUAACAGUGGAACUGGAAAAGACGAAAGCUGAUAAUGUCAAACUCUAUGGAAAGAUUCGUUAUGUUCAGGAUUACAGUCUUGAAAAAGUAGUUUCUAGAGGAUCAAAGAAGCCUGCAGAGGAUCUUGAAAGUGGUUUUUCCUCAGAUGUUGAAUCGAAGUACAAGAAGAUAUAUGAGGAUGACAUAAAUCCUUUUGCAGCCUUCUCGAAAAAGGAAAGGGAUCAAAGAUACAAGGAGUUGGGUUUCAGGGAUAGAAUUACUCUAAGCAGCGGACGUUUUCUUCUUGGAAACAAGUAUGCUCGGACUUUUGCAUUUUUCUACACGAUUGGGUUGCAUAUACUUGUGUUCACCUGCCUCUACCGAAUGUCGGCUUUGAGCUAUCUCAGCAAUGGUCAGGAGGAUGUAAUUAUUGGAGAUAAACAACUGAACCUCCCACAUGCGAUCUAGGAUCGAAGACCAUUUCAGCCCUACACAUGAAAAAGUAUGUAUAACAAAAAUGACGUUCAUCGACCAGGAAAAUAAAAGUUGGUGUAUUCUUAAUGUUUUUACGGGUUUACUAUAUUUGAUAUUAAAUUUCAUAGUGGUUAGUUAUCUUUACAUUUUGUACUACGGAAGAUAAUUGAUUUUUAAUGCCGAUGGGAAGGUGGACUUGUCUCCCCGCAAUCAUAUUAUCAGAUGAGAUUAUUGUUUUUCUUCGGAGCGCUGGUAAAACAUGCAGCAUGAGUUUUUCACUUUUUAGGACGUCCGCGCUGUACCAAAGGAUGGAUUAGCAAUAGCUUGUGGAUGACAAAUGUUUGUUGCCAGAUUUUUUACGUUAAAUUGUAAACCCUCGACUGAAAAAUUAUAGCUUGGGCUACCAUUUUUUUUUUUUUU